GAGAGAGAGGGGGGAAACUUCUCGACAACAGUUCCUGUGAAAGAAUCAUUGUGAGCCGAGUGGCACAAACCAAACAGCUCCCUCUCUCUCAGUCCACCUGACUGCGCUCUGGAUCAGUCCAUUUUCAAGUGUGAGUCUGGUGGUGUCAGCAGAAAGCCGAAGUGGGAAGGGGAGACGCGGCGCUGGAGAGAGCUACUCACUAAUGCGAAGGCGAGGGUUCGCCUUUCCGAUCCUCUCCUGACCCCGGGCUGCGGGCGUCCCUUUAUUUUCAGACUGAACGGGGGCAUUGGUGGCCAGUAGCGCCCCUGCACCCUGCCCUUCUAUUUUUAGCAUCAGCUGUUGGAAUAUAAGGCAUGGAUUAGAGUAUAAAGUCAGGGCAGGUUUGUGCAGUAAUCAGGGUGAGGAGAAGGAAGGAGGUCUCCUUUAUGGUAAAGGGGAAGCAGGGACAUUCACAGCGGCUACACUUUUAGUGGCAGAGUAGAUCACUGUUGGAGAUCAGUGUGUGUGUGUGAAUGGCAGGGGGUCGGUAAGGGACUAUCCCUCGGAGGGAGGGGGCUCAUUACAGUCUUGACAUGUUGGCCAGUACCGUUUAGAAAGAGGCAGCGACAGCGGCAGCGACUUGAGGGUUAAAUUAAGACAUGGCCACAAGUGCGGUUCCAAGUGACAACCUCCCCACGUAUAAACUUGUGGUGGUGGGAGACGGUGGUGUUGGAAAAAGUGCUCUCACCAUCCAAUUCUUCCAAAAGAUUUUUGUGCCAGAUUAUGAUCCGACGAUUGAAGACUCUUACUUGAAACACACAGAAAUCGAUGGACAGUGGGCCAUCCUGGAUGUGCUUGAUACUGCGGGUCAAGAGGAGUUCAGUGCCAUGAGGGAGCAGUACAUGAGGACGGGGGAUGGGUUUCUCAUAGUGUAUUCAGUCACUGACAAGGCCAGCUUUGAACAUGUGGACAGGUUUCACCAGCUGAUCCUACGGGUCAAAGACAGAGAGUCUUUCCCCAUGAUUCUGGUGGCCAAUAAGGUUGAUCUGAUGCACUUGCGGAAAGUCACAAGUGAACAAGGACGAGAGAUGGCUGCUAAGUACAAUAUACCUUACAUAGAAACCAGUGCCAAGGAUCCACCUCUGAAUGUUGACAAGGCCUUUCACGAUCUUGUUCGAGUCAUAAGGCAACAAAUACCAGAGAAAAGCCAGAAAAAGAAGAAAGCAAAAUGGCGUGGAGACAGGACAGCUGGCUCUAACAAACUGCAAUGCUCAGUCAUGUGACCAAACUCUCUGCCUACUUGAAAGCUGCUAUUGUUCAAUUCAAUAGGAACAUUGAAGCCAAUGCUAAGCUAUGUACUGCCUGUGUGCUACACAAGGACCUUUCAGACUGUGUGCAGUAAACUGUAGCAGUGUUAUGUAUGCGACAGGGUGGCUGUGGGGGAACACUCUCCCCCUCCGUGGGACAGGUUUGCACUCUGGAUAAGGACCCAUCUUGUGAAAUGCAAAGGCACCUCGUCUGACUUCACUCGAACUGAAUUUGGCAGAGAUUAAGCCACUUUCAUUUUUUAACUUUUAACGUUUUUUUUCACCUUUUCACUUUAUGGUGUGCAUCAAGCUAAACUGCUGCACUGAACUGAGCUGUCAUGUGUCCAACUCCACGCGCGAUGUGGCACCUUGCCUCAUUUUCCAAGAUUCAGGGCGAAGUCACAAAAACCGCCUGGUGGAGAAAGGAAAGGGGAUUGGAAUGUGAAUGAGAGAAUUAAAUCCAUCUGCAGUUGUCUCCUGGACACUGCUUCAAACUUGGCACACAGCAGACUUACAGUCCAUAAAUUGAACAACUGCAGUUCUCUUUUUCUCUUCCCCCAACCCCAUCCAGUUUUUUUUUAAAUAUAAAGAAAAGCUUCACAUUACUUGACCCAUUCAAUUGUGGCUGCACAAUGGCCCAUAGUCUGCAACUACUCAAUGCAAAAUGGAAGACCUUCACAGAAGAGGAGGGGUUUGAAACAGCUCUUUUGUCUUGAUUUUUCUUUAUGUAAUUGUUUAAAAUAUCUGCACUUUUGUUGGGUUUACAAGCCCAUUUUAUACUCUCUGUUAAAACUGCACUGCAAUUUAAUUUGUUUAAAGGAAGUGUUUGUAUAAAUGGCACCUUUUCUGGUACCAGACAUGUGAAAAGGAUAUUGUUCAAACUGAUCAAGAGGAAAAUGUUCCCUUUCCCAAGAAAGCAAGCAAACGACAGAAAAUAAUCUUUGUUCUCGUGUGUUUCCCUCUGGCAUGCAGUUUACUAUAGCCAGAGAAAAGGAGCAGCAAGCCACAGACUUGUUUCCAACUUGAGCAGCUGGAGCUGAGCUCAGCUCAUGACAACAGACAAGGUGGAAUUAUCCACCAUAAAGUGGGUAAUGCACGGAUGGGAGGCAAAUUGUGUUUGAAGUUCUGUUUCAAUUGCUGCAAUAUUAGCAGGGAAGUCUGACAUUGGAUGCAUGUCAAGAAACGUGCAGGAGCUAGCUUACACAUGGAAAAGCCAACUCGCCCUCUGAGAUCUUUACAGUGGCCUCCAAGUGAAAUGGAAAGUGCUAACUUAGUCUUUUGAGGCCUUUUCAACAUCUUAUGGCUUUCACACUAUUUAGGUCCAUGCUUUGGUCAUUUUUUUUUCCAAUGAACGUUUGUUGACCCAUCACACUGAAUAUUCUGUUACAAUUGUUAGUGACUUUACUAACGGCUUAGGGCAUUACUCGAGAUGUCACUACAUUAAUGUUAUGUAACCAGGGCUGUAUGAAACUUCUACCAGUGGCUGCCAUCACUCCAGUGAUGUCCAGCUUCUUCCCUUGAAGUCAUUGAUGUCCAAUUGGGAAAUCAUGCAAUUGCUACUGAAUUUGGCCUGAGAAAAUAUAGAAUUACAAGUGUUGUUGCCCUUUUUAUAAAACUCUGGCAGUUUUAUCACAUGGAUUCGGUUUCAUUUCCAGGCCCAGCCCUUACCACCUGAAGAUUCUGCCAGUUGAGAGCUGGGAAAAUUCACACUGCUGCAAUCUAAUUUUACAUUUAACUGCUUUUAGCUGAACAACCGUUUCUAUGCCUUGCACAAGAGUACACACUAAUUGCUAUAUGACUGACUGUCCACUAAUGCCCAUAAAAGGACAGACAUGAAAAUGCAAAAGUGGGAGGUGCCCCAGAGUGCUUCUGUCGAUGAAGCAUUUUGAAGUGUAGUCACUGUUGUAAAUAAACAUGGCAGCCAAUUUGUGCUCAGAGAGGACACCAGAGAAAGUAGGUAAAUGACAAGCUAAUCUGUUAAUGAUAUAGUGGGAUAACUAUGGGCAAUGAGAACGCCCCUGCUCUGAUUGCAUAGGAUCUUUUACAUCCACCAGAAAGGACAUACUCUGCUCAACAUUUCAUCUGAAGGUUUGCAUAACUGACAGUGCAGCUGUCCCACAGUACUGCACUGGGCUGUCAGCUGAGCUUAUGUGCUCAGGUCACUGACGUAGGUCAUGUCCCAAUGACCUUUAGACAGAGGUGCGAGUGCAAUCACUGCACAAUCACCAUGCUGGCCUUUAAUCUCUGACAGUUCAAAUCCAGCCCAGACCGACAAGAAGUUUGCUUCAUGUUGGCUGGCAGGAUUUUGAUUUGAAAUAAGUUUAAACAGACUAACCAUCAGCACAAAACUAGCCCUAGCUUAGUAACCAUUGGCAAUCUCACUCCAAGAGCCCACAGGUUGCUGUGGGGAAUACAAAAUGAUGGCUUACAUAACACUGUUUUGAUGUUAGGGUAGAGCUGUGUUGUUGGGGCACAGUAGAGUUGACUUGCUGUACAACUCUAAAUACGGUAAUUGGAUCUUUCUGCUCAGUUGGCAUAUUUCUGCCAGAAUAAUUUAUUAAGAUUCAUGAUGUUGUGGCAUAUCUUUAUUAACACAGUCCCUGUAUUACAUAGUAGGAUUGGAAGAGUUGCCUGCAGAUUGCGUGAUCACAACCAAGCUUUUCCUUGUAUUUUGUAAUUGCUGCAUAGUUACCAAGUGACAUGAAUUGUUGGCACCAACUAAUUGUUGGUUGCAGUAUACCAGUGAAUUCAGUAAGUGACACAGUGAUGUCUUCAGAACAUCAGUACCUUUUUAAAGUGCAAUUUGGUAUCUAUAUCCAUUCAUUAAAUUGUUUACAUAACAGUUUAAAGGGAUGACGACACCCCUUCAGUAUCUGGUACCAGAGAGGAAAAAGGGCUUGGAAUUUUGGACUUGCACCUUAACUGUUUGAGUACCACACUAGUGGAAAAACCCACAGAAGGUCAUGUUUCCAACUCUUUGACUCCACUGCCAUAACUGUUCCUCGUAGCGGAUUGUCGUUCUAGUGAAAAGUGACAUUUAAAGGUUAACCAUGGCAUCGUGUGCAUUCAUUCGUAAGAUGAAUUUGAACAGGUAUGAAGACAACAGCCAUCUGAAUUUAUUGGCUACUGCUGUACUUCCAAGUUCAUUGGAGACUUAGAAGUCUUGUGUGUGGUAUAUUGAAUAUUGUGACCUUCAUUGCAAAAAAAAAGGUUUUAAACAAGCGAUGUAAUAUUUUAAUAAAAUUCUAACUGGA